AUGUUGCUGAUUGCAUUGCACCUUGUGACAAGCAUACUCGCGGCGCCUUGCCAGCCAGACGGAGACCACGCCGCGAGCUGCCAGACCGACAAGUGCGAGACGGUCGGGUACUCCGAGAUCUGCACCGAGUGCAGGGCCGGGGGCGUCCCGGUCGGCGGCUUCUGCUGGCCCCCCGGCACCCCCCAGGCCGCGGCGGCCGGGUGCACCAGGGCAGACGGGACCGCGUUGGCGGGGUCGGAUACUAUCUGCGGGAAGUGCGGGGACGGGUACUUCCUCUUCAUGGGCGGGUGCUACAAGACGAGCCAGUGGUCUGAGAUCUGCACGGCGGCCGACAAGGGGGUGUGCACCACCUGCAAGGCAGGCGCCGCGUAUCUAUUCCAGAACCCGGCCAGCCCAGUAGCCCCUGGCAACGAGUGCGUGCUUUGCUCGGACGUCGCUCCGCGAGACGGAGUCACGGGGGUGGCGGGCUGCUACACAUGCACGGCGCCAGGUGGCGGUACAGGGGCUGCCACGUGCACUGCAUGCCAAGGAGGGUACGCCAAGAAGGGCGAUGCAUGUGUGCAAUGCGGACCCGGCUGUUUGACGUGUGAGUCUGCUACUCCGACUCAGUGCACCGCCUGCCCCAAGGGGAAGUUCCUGAAGGGGACUGAGUGUGUAGAGGCUAGUGGAUGUGGUAGUGAUAGCUAUGCAGAUCCAAAAGUAGACAAGUGCAAGGCCUGCGCUACUGACAUAGCUGACUGUGCCACCUGUGAGUACAAUGCAACUAUUAGUCAACCACAAUGUAAGACCUGCAGCAGUAGCAAGAUAGUGAAGACAGCGGCAGACGGGACGACGACAUGCGUUGCGGAGGGAGAGUGCACUAGCACUCAUUUUAUUGAUCAAACACCUCCAAAGGCUUGUGUCCUAUGUGGCGAUGAUGCGCGAGGCGGCGUUGCCGGGUGUAGCAGCUGUCCAGGCAAGGAUCAAUGCUCUGCCUGUUUAGCUGGGUAUAUAAAAAAGGGAAGCGGGAACUCAGUUACCUGCGACCCUUGUGGCGAGAAUUGCGCCACCUGCACUCAAGCUGGAAAUGAUAAGUGUGAUACAUGCAAGCCAGGGUACUUCCUGAAACAACCCGGCUCUGCUGGUAAGUGCUUCGCCUGCGACAGUAAAGCCGACAAUGGCAUAGAGGGGUGCUCCCAAUGUAACAGCGGCCUAACCCCUACAUGCACCGAUUGCAAGUCCAACUAUCGCAAGGAGGGAACCAAUCCGGUGAAGUGCACAAAGGUCUGCGAGGACCCCACGGCCUGCGGGGGGACGUCUGGGGCCUGCGGGGCGGUCGUCGUUGACAGCGCCGGGGCGUUCUCCCAGUACUGCUCGCUGUGCGGAGACCCCGCCACGUUCCCCAUCGAUGGGGUCUGCACAGGAACUAAGGGUGACAACACCUGCGAGAACGGCGUCUGCACCCGGUGUGCUGCCGGGUUCUUCCUGUACAUGGGCGGCUGCUAUGAUGUGUCGAAGGCUCCUGGCAGCCACAUGUGCAAGACCGCCGAGGGAGGGAGGUGCACCGCCCCCAGCGAGAACGGCCGGUACUUCCUGGUCCCGGGGGCAUCCAAUACUGAUCAGUCUGUCCUGGCCUGCGAGAACCCCCUUGGCACAGUGAUAGGGGCUGGCAGCACCGCUAAGGCAUAUGUGGGAGUAUAUGGCUGCACAGCAUGCACGGCCCCAGCAGCGCUAGAGGCUCCUGGCAUGACCCCUGCCACAUGCACAGCGUGUAGCGGCAACAACAAGCCCAACCUGGCUGGGAGCGGGUGCUUCACCUGUACCGUUGACGGAUGCUCGCACUGUGGAGCAGGCGGCAAGUGCGAGGCCUGUACCAGUAAAGACCAGAGGCCGAACACAGACGGCUCCCAGUGCAUCGCCUGCAGUAUCGACGGGUGCGUCAGGUGCAGCGAGGAGAACAAGUGCGGCCGGUGCGGGGACGACUACAGGCUGGAGGGUGAGGCGUGCGUGUCCACCAAGCCCAGCGGGGGCAACAGAAGCGGCCUCAGCACAGGCGCCAUAGCAGGUAUCUCCGUCGCUGUGGUGGUUGUCGUGGCUGGCCUUGUGGGCUUCCUCUGCUGGUGGUUCAUAUGCAGAGGGAAGGCAUGA